CCACUCAACCAAAUUUACCAAUAUUUUCGGUGGAAAAAGACUCGAACUUUAUCAAGAAAAACAGAAAGCCAAAGUUUUUUUGAACGGUGAAGAACUGAAAAAUGGCCUUCACUUUUGGGGUUUGUCUGAAUCUUCUGGCAAAGCCUCAAGCUUCGUUAAUUCCUCGAAUUUCAUCAAAUCCUUUUGCAGCUUCACGUAGUUCAAUAUUUUCUGCAUUGUCAGCCAAGAAUACAUGUCACCCAAAGAAGAAUCUCAAGCUCUCCAGAGGACCAACAAGAGCAUCAGCUGAAGGACUUCCCAGUGAGUUAGUUGAGGAUUCAAAGUUUGUUCCCUUGAAUGCUGAUGAUCCCACAUAUGGUCCACCUGCUUUAUUGUUGCUCGGAUUUGAAGCUGAGGAAGCAGAGAAGAUACGGCAGUUUUUGAAAGCAAUGGACGGUGAAUUCUUGGAGAUUAUUUAUUGCACCGAAGACAUGAUUACUCGUUCACUUUGGAAAGCUGUGAAUACAAGGCAACCUAAUUUGGAAGAAGUGAAGAUUGCCAAGUCACUGCCACGGAUCUGUUUUUUCUCUGGUCUUAGUGGGGAGGAGAUGAUGAUGUUCAUUGAUGCAUUUCCAGAAACUGGAUUAGAGGCAGCUGUAUUUGCUGCUCUUGUUCCCAACAGUGCUGAUAAACCGGUUGCUGAGUUGAUAGAAGAAAUUAUGGGAGAUCAUGAAAUGCUGACUUCACAACAGUCAGGCUCAACAUAAACUAGUGCAACUCAACAGUGAUCGGACGCCAAGAAGGGUAAUCCCUGGUUCUGUGCUGUAACUCAGAAGAUAGCA